AUGAAUCCGCAACCACGUCCACCACAACUACGUCUACCACCAACACCGGCGACACCGAAGACUGCUUCUAUUUUAUUCCGCGUUGCUUUAUAUCACAUUUUUUCCCAUCCAGAUUCAGUCUAUUACAGCGUACAGACUAAUGAAUCAUUCUUUGGUGCAUCUAUUCCAUCAGCCAUUAACUUCUUAAAGUAA